CUCAUCAUGACCUUAAUGUCUGUUUUUACAUAUAUUCCGUGAAAAUUAAUUUGAAAGAUUUAAGAAUUUAACAAAAAUUUAGCUGCAAUUUGAUUUCACUGCUGCUGCUGAUGCUAUAGUUGACAAAAUAAAAAUGGCAACAGAAUUCAAUUUCACUGGUAAAGUUGUCCUUAUUACUGGAUCAUCUGGAGGUCUUGGAUCGGUUAUGGCUCGUGAAUUCGCAAAACGAGGUGCCAAUCUGGUCAUUACUGGACGUCGACAGGAUGGUGUUGAUAAAGUUAUCAAUGAAUGUUCAGCUUUAUCACCGAAUGGCGCUCAACAUCAUUCUCAUUUAGCUGAUGUUACUAAAAAAGAAGAUCUUCAAUGUUUAAUAGAUUCAACUAUUGAAAAAUUUGGUCACCUUGAUGUACUUGUCAAUAAUGCAGGGGGUGGAGUUUUUGGCUCCAUCUAUGAUGAAAAAUUACUUGAUAAAUUGAAUUCUAUGAUUAAUUUGAAUUUAUAUUCGGUUGUUACAUUGACACAAUUGGCUGUUCCUCAUCUUGAAAAAUCUAAAGGAGCAAUCGUAAAUAUUUCAUCGAUCGUUGGACAACGAGCGAAUCAACAUUUCAUGACAUAUUGUGUAGCUAAGGCUGCUGUUGAUAUGUUUUCCAAAACUAUUGCCAUUGAGCUUGGUCCGAAAGGUGUACGAGUAAAUUGUGUCAGUCCGACUGCUGUACGAACAAAUUUUCAACAAGCAACUGGUGCUGGUGAAUCUUUGGAUGGUUAUCUCAAACAUUUAGAGGAAACAAUUCCAUUACGUCGUAUUGCUACUGAAGAUGAUGUAGCAAAUGCUAUUGAUCAAUUGAAAUCAUUAUAUAAUGAAUAUAGUUUCAAACCGAUUCCAACUAAAGUAACUUUUGUGGAUGAUAAUUCAUUAUUCGAAUCUGAUCCGAAUUUUCGUCCACAAUCAUUGAAUAUUUCUUACCAAUAUCCCGAAAUACAGGACAAAUUGAACAAGGAUGAAAGUCCAGCUGUCGCCAAGGAAUACAAUAUUGAUAGCCAUGAAUUUAAGCAAUCUUGGGGUGAAAAAUUCAACACGAUUUAUCAUACUUCGAUUGCAGUAAUCGAUUUGCAGAAAUCAAAAUGUAUUCUUUUGGACAAAGUUGGUGUUUCAUUGUGUCAGCCAUUCUUUUUUAAAUCAGAUGAUCCAACGGUUCUCUCGAUUGGAUGUAUUGGAUUCAAAGAAGUUCCCUAUAAAUUGGGCCUAAUUUACUGUACCAAUCGAAUAAGCUAUUUGUUUGGAGCAAAAGUUGUUCGUGAUUCUUCUAGCUCUGCAAAUAUCGAACCUGAAAUCUAUUAUGGCGAUACUGCUGAUCUAUCUAUCCGUUCACCUCGAGUAUAUUAUUCGAAUGGAUAUGAUAGUAAAGUUGUUUUUCUGGAACGUAAUGCUGGUGGAGCUCAUGAUAAAGCUGCCAGAUUGCAAUACUUCGAUAUGGAAACUAGAAAAAUUCGUACAAUUAUUGAUGACAAAAUCAAACGAGAAGUUAUAAAAAACAAAGAUGGCACUGCUAGUUAUUCGGAUAUUGGCCCCAUAUUUUCAAGUGAUUUGCCAUCAAAUUGUUUCACAAAGAAUGGAAAAUACAUCUUGUUUGAUUCUGAAACACCAUUUUAUAGAAAAAGCUUUGCUGUUAAAAUCGAAGACCACUCUGUUCAGAUGAUAAAUUUUGCCGAUUCUACUCAAAUUUUAGAUGUUAAACAUGAUUGGAUUUGUGCUAUUGGCUCAUCAAUCAAUCAACUACCUUUGGUUUACCUCGGACAUUUUUCUGAAUCCAAUACCAAAAUGCAAAUAGUUGAUGAUCAACAAGAUCGAAUGAUUGAGAACAUGAGUUUCGGAAAGUUUAUGCUUCCCUCCAAACAUUUUGAAAAUAAAUACAUCACAGCAAUAUGGACAUCUCCAAAAGAAAUGGUGAAUAAAUCUGGUCCAAUUGUGGUUAUACCACAUGGAGGACCACAUUCACAUUAUUCGUGCACUUAUUUUCAAUCUGUAGCACUUUACAAUGAAAUUGGUCUAAAAACUUGUUUAGUUAAUUAUGUUGGCUCCACUGGUAUUGAUCAAGAAUAUGUUGAAGCUCUUUUAGGAAAUGUUGGUACUAGUGAUGUUCAAGAUCUUCUCGAUGUCAUUCAAUAUAUGAUCAACAAUCAUCAUGCCGAUAAAGAUCGAAUCAUUCUGAAUGGUGGAUCUCAUGGUGGAUUUUUAGUUACACACAUCUCCGGUCAACAUCCAGAAAUGAAUUUCUUAGCUUGUAUUGCUCGAAACCCAGUUAUCGAUAUAUCAAUGAUGGCUGGCAUUACUGACAUUCCAGAUUGGAAUGUUUCCGAAGCUUUGGGAAAUAAAGAAUUUAUACCAUUAAGUGAAAUUUAUCCUCGUAAUGUAGAUGAAAUGUCUAAAAUGUACAGCAAAUCGCCUUUGGCACAUCUUACAAAAGUUAAAGUGCCUACUUUAUUGUUGUUAGGGAAAGAAGAUUUACGAGUGCCUUUUCCCCCUGGAUUACUAUAUCAUCGUAUACUUAAAGCUCGAGGAAUUGAAACUCGAUGCUUAGUAUAUGACGAUGUACAUGAUCUUUACAAAAUUAAUGUAGAUUUUGAUUGCUUUAUCAAUGUUUCCAAAUUUAUUGAAAAAUUUAUCUAUUAUAACUCACAAUAAUAACAAUAAAGGAAAUUUU